AUUCCUUUGAAGAAAAACUCAGGUGGGGCCUAAGGGCUAAAGGGUGAGCUCACAUACCCAAGAGUGCAAGCCAAAAAAAUUGUUGCCAAACCCACUAUACUUGCAAGCAACCUUCUCCUCUCUUCCUCUACUAUUGGUAGCCCAUACUCCUAUAAAUAUGAAGAGAAGAAGACUCUUUUUAGAUAGCCAGGGAUUCAGACUAUAGAUCACUCCAAGAUAGCAAACAACAUGGCAGGAGAUUCCCAACAAUCCUCUGAGAAAAUGAUUUCAGAAUCCAAGUCCCCUAGAAGCAAUGCAGGAACUACAGGGGAUAGGGCCUUCAAAGGGAUGGCCGACCUCAUAAGACUCCUCCCAACUGGGACUGUCUUCCUCUUCCAAUUCCUCAAUCCUCUGUUAACCAACACUGGUCAUUGCCACACCAUCAACAAGUACUCGAGCGGCGCGCUCCUCGCCAUCUGUGGCUUCUUUUGUUGCUUCUCCUCCUUCACUGAUAGCUACAUUGGUAUCGAUGGAAGGGUCUACUAUGGCCUCGUGACAAAGGAUGGGCUGUGGUCCUUCUCGGACCGAAAUGCUAGCUCGAAGGACCUAUCGAAGUACAAGCUAAGGUUUGGAGAUUUUGUUCAUGCAUUCCUCUCACUGAUCGUGUUUGCAGUGAUUGCACUAUUGGAUGACAACACCGUAUUAUGCUUCUAUCCAUCUUUCGAGUCGGAGGGGAAGACAUUGCUCAUGGCCUUGCCUACUGUGGUGGGUGGCCUGGCUAGUUUUGUGUUCAUGGUUUUCCCCAACAAUAGACAUGGAAUAGGGUAUGCUCCAACGGGGAACAUGGAGAGUUCUGAUUGAAUUUAGCCAAACUAAAAAGCCAUGCUUCGGCGUGACGUUCAUGUAGAAAAGUUACUAUCUUUUGUAUGAAGAGUAGGAAAGCGGGGUCCCGCUUUCCUCUUGCAUGUACUAGUCCAAUGUGAGCAAUUCAAGAAUCAUGAUUAAUUUAAUUAAUUUGAAAAAUGA